CUUCGUCUCCGAUCUUACAUAACUUGUUCUUUUUUUUUCCCAGUCAAAUCAUAACCCAUACAUUACUCUCUGUGGGAAAACAUCUGUCUCAAAGACGCAAAACCACACUACACCAAGACCUAUUUGGUGUCAUAUCUUCUCUUACAAAUGGAACGGGAAUCUGUGAAGAACAAGAGUAUUCUUCUUCCAAUGGCUCGGCGUGGCAACGGUUCCAAAGGAAAGAAGAUUCAUCUUCUCACUAACCACUUUAGAGUUAACUUCAGUCAACCAAACAGUCCUGAUUUCUUCCAUUACAGCGUUGCUAUCACAUAUGAUGAUGGUAGUCCAGUUGAAGCCAAGGGUAUUGGUAGAAAGAUUCUUGAAAAACUUCAACAGACUUAUCAAACUGAUUUGGGUUUCAAACACUUUGCUUAUGACGGCGACAAGACUCUUUUCACUGCCGGUCCUCUUCCCGGAUCCAAUCUAGACUUCUCUGUUGUUCUUGAAGACAUGUCUUCUAGGAGAAAUGCAGACAAAAGACUAAGGCUUUCUCACCAAUCCAAGAAAUUCAAUGUUGCAAUCAGCUUUGCUACAAAAAUCCCUAUGCAAGCUAUUGCAAAUGCUCUUCAAGGAAAGGAAACGAAGCAUCUUCAAGAUGCUAUCAGAGUGAUGGAUGUUAUUUUGUGCCAAAAUGCUGCUCGGAAAGGUUGCCUCCUAGUUCGCCAAUCUUUCUUCCACAAUGAUGCAAAGUACUUUACGAAUAUCGGUGAAGGUGUUGAUUGUUGCAAAGGAUUCCAUUCAAGCUUCAGAACUACUCAGGGAGGCUUGUCCCUCAAUAUUGAUGUUUCGACUACGAUGAUAGUAAAACCUGGUCCUGUUGUUGAUUUUCUUAUUGGAAACCAAGGUGUGAAAGAUCCAUUCUCUAUUAACUGGAAAAAGGCUAAAAGUACUCUCAAGAAUCUUAGAGUUAAAGUCAUCCCCUCAAAUAAAGAAUACAAGAUAACCGGACUAAGUGGACUACACUGCAAAGAUCAAAUGUUUACUUGGAAGAAAAAGAACCAAAACAGGGAAGUUGAGGAGGUUGAGAUUACAGUGUUUGAUUACUUCACCAAAAUCCGUGACAUCAAACUGCAUUAUUCAGGUGGCUUACCAUGUAUCAAUGUUGGUAAGCCAAAUCGUCCUCCUACUUACUUUCCCAUUGAGCUCUGUGAGCUUGUAUCUCUACAACGCUAUACUAAAGCUCUUACAAGUUUUCAGAGGAGUAACCUUGUCAAAGAAUCAAGGCAAAAUCCUCAUCAAAGAAUGGAAGUGUUAACCAGAGCUCUCAAGAACAGUAAUUAUAAUGAUGACCCAAUGUUGCAAGAAUGUGGUGUUAGAAUAGGCUCUGACUUCACUCAAGUCGAAGGUCGCUUGUUACCAACACCCAAGCUUAAAGCUGGCAAUGAACAAGACAUCUAUCCUAAGAAUGGGCGUUGGAACUUCAAUAACAAGAUAAUUUUUGAGUCAGCAACAGUUACUAGAUGGGCUGUUGUGAACUUCUCUGCUCGCUGUGACCCGCGCAAGAUUGUUCGUGAUUUGAUCAGAUGUGGAAAUAUGAAAGGAAUUAACGUAGAUCCUCCACACAAGGUUGUCUUUGAAGAAGAUCCUCAGUUUAAGGAUGCACCAGGUUCUGUAAGAGUUGAAAAGAUGUUUGAACGUUUAGAAUCCACGCUCGGUGACGUUCCUCCAAAUUUCCUUCUAUGCAUACUCGAAAAGAAAAACUCUGAUGUUUAUGGUCCUUGGAAAAAGAAAAAUCUUGUUCAAGUUGGAAUUGUGAAUCAGUGUAUUGCUCCUCCUCAAAACGUUAAUGAUCACUAUCUCUCAAAUGUUCUCCUCAAGAUAAAUGCCAAGCUUGGUGGAUUGAAUUCAGUGUUGGAUAUGGAGCGGUCACAAGCAAUGCCUUUGGUAAUGAAAGUUCCUACCAUCAUUAUUGGGAUGGAUGUAUCUCAUGGUUCUCCUGGACAGUCUGAUGCACCAUCCAUUGCCGCGGUUGUGAGCUCCAGAGAAUGGCCACUGAUCUCAAAAUACAGGGCUUGUGUGCGUACACAGUCGCGUAAAGUUGAAAUGAUCGAUAACCUCUUUAAACCCGUCUCUGACAAAGAUGAUGAAGGUAUCAUGAGGGAGCUCUUGCUUGACUUUUACUCAAGUUCUGCAGUGAAACCCAAUCACAUUAUUAUUUUCAGGGAUGGUGUGAGUGAAUCUCAGUUUAACCAAGUUCUUAAUAUUGAACUGGAUCAGAUGAAGCAAGCGUGCAAGUUCUUGGAGGAGAAGUGGGUUCCCAAGUUUACAGUGAUCAUAGCUCAGAAAAACCACCACACCAAGUUCUUCCAGACCAGAAGCCCUGAUAAUGUUCCUCCAGGAACAAUAAUUGAUAGUAACAUCUGUCACCAACACAACAACGAUUUCUACCUUUGUGCUCAUGCUGGAAUGAUUGGAACUACAAGGCCAACACAUUACCAUGUGCUCUACGACGAGAUUGGAUUUGACACAGAUCAGCUCCAAGAACUUGUGCAUUCCCUAUCCUAUGUCUACCAGCGGAGCACAACUGCAAUCUCUCUUGUUGCGCCGAUAUGUUAUGCUCAUUUGGCGGCUGCACAGAUGGGAACUGCGAUGAAGUUUGAGGACAUUUCUGAGACUUCAUCGAGCCACGGCGGGAUCACCAUAGCUGGAGCAGUCUCUGUGCCACCCAUGCCGAAGCUGAACACCAAUGUUGCUAGUUCAAUGUUCUUCUGCUGAAAGAAAAAAUAAGCACCAUUAAUUCACUUAGCUUUUCUGCUAAUGAACAAACCAAAGAACAAGAUUGUUUCUCUCGCUCUUAUGACUUUUCGUUGAUUCUCUUUUCUUUUUAUUGUUGGUCGGUGUUUUAGAUUCUUAUCGAAUCGCAAAUUUAAGACAUAAUCAGUUGCAUUUUAUUAUUGACUAAGAUUGAUAUGAGUUAUUUCUUGUUCCAAGAACUUGAGUGAAGUUAUAACUCAAUGACAUAAACAACAUUACCAUAA